UAUCACUACUGGACUAGUCACUAGUAGUAGUAUCAUCGCUACAUGUAUACUUGCAACCAUUGAGCUCAUUAGCAUCCUUGCACGCAAAUAAAUUCUUUCUGUCUUAUCUGUCUAACAAGAAGCUAAAUCAAUGUUUUACCGUGCGGCUUACCGUUUCCCGACUACCUUGUACAGGGCCAGACGAUCGCCUUCAGCUCGAUAUUUGCAUCGAGUUACGGCAGACUUCCAGAACCACGACUCAAAAGGGAAUCUAGUCACUGAAAAGGUCCCUGUCAUCGCCGGUGAUCCAGGAGAAACCUACCUUAUGGUGUAUCCAGAAGUCGGCAGCGCUUUCCGUGCUGCUGCAAAGAAAGAACAUAUCUCUGCGCCUGUUGCGGACGUUAUACCAACAUGCAAACUGAUGUUCUUCCAUGAAUCGCAACAUUUUGGGUUUGUAUCGCCCAGUUAUCCUCGCCUCUACGCACCAACGCACAUCCCACGCCAAACGGAGUCAAGUAUAUCCCCUGCGACUUUGUUUCUGGAUGGGAAAAUGCAUGAGUUUGUUCUAGAUGGGACUGCAGAUGCUCAGUUUGCUUAUCAUGCAAGCGCUAGUGCACAGAAUCUCAAGCAUGUCUUGGAAGAGUUGAAGGAUGUGUGAGGAGACUUACUUCUUUUCUUUGCGAGCACAUCUAAUGACCAAGGAUCUAUCGGAUAUCGUUAAGCAGUACUAAUGAUGAUAGGCAUGUUUCGCAUAAAUCAUGUCAUAUCUUAAUGAUGCUUGAUACUAACCUUGAUCUUGCUAAAGAAACUAUUCUAGCUGGAUUGCUAGAGUGCAGAUAUUGAAUGUCAUCCGAAAUAUUUCCCAAAACCUAAUUUUUCUUCGAUUAUCGCUUAAGGCGGGUUAAGUAUGAGAUCUAGAUUUUACUUCGGGUAGAGACUCUACUCCUUGUUGUAUAAAAGGCCAGCCUCUUGGUCCAAGCAUCAAGCGCACGACUGUGUCUUCAGUGGUGUCAAAAGCAGUCACUUCAUCGCAUGGUAGGC